CUCUUUCGAUGCAACGUCUUUCUGCGCAUGCGCAUGCGCCAUAUUUGACGACGAGACAAGAUGUCGAACUGACAAAUUUGAACAUUUCAAGAAUUCUUUGUUGAGAGCGUUUUUUUCUUUGCCAAAGUUGGGCUGAAACCUCUGCCCAUAUCUAAUUUUUAUGAUGGCUAGUGCUAGCGGUAAUCCGAAAUCAGAGUUUUGUGUUGGGGGAAAGUACAGACUAGUACGGAAAAUUGGUAGUGGAUCGUUUGGAGAUAUUUAUUUAGCUAUAAAUAUUACAAAUGGCGAGGAAGUGGCGGUCAAAUUGGAAUCGCACAAAGCCAGGCAUCCUCAACUACUCUACGAAAGUAAGUUGUAUAAAAUUUUACAAGGAGGAGUUGGGAUUCCGCACAUCAGAUGGUAUGGGCAAGAAAGGGAUUAUAACGUAUUGGUUAUGGAUUUAUUAGGUCCUAGUUUAGAAGACCUAUUCAAUUUCUGCUCCAGACGAUUUACUAUGAAAACGGUUUUGAUGUUAGCCGAUCAGAUGAUAGGCCGUAUUGAAUACGUGCACAAUAAAAAUUUUAUUCACCGAGACAUCAAACCGGAUAACUUCCUAAUGGGAAUAGGACGACACUGUAAUAAAGUGUUUCUUAUCGACUUCGGUCUGGCGAAAAAAUAUCGGGAUAGUCGUACCAGGCAACACAUUCCUUAUAGGGAAGACAAAAAUCUGACUGGAACAGCGAGAUACGCGUCUAUAAAUGCCCAUCUAGGCAUCGAACAAUCCCGACGUGAUGAUAUGGAAUCAUUAGGUUACGUAUUGAUGUAUUUCAAUCGCGGAUCUCUUCCGUGGCAAGGCCUUAAAGCCGGAACAAAGAAGCAAAAGUACGAGAAAAUCAGCGAAAAGAAAAUGUCAACGCCUGUUGAGGUUUUGUGCAAAGGAUUUCCAGCAGAAUUCGCCAUGUACCUAAACUACUGCAGGGGUUUGAGAUUUGAGGAGGCCCCUGAUUAUAUGUAUCUACGGCAGCUGUUUAGAAUUCUUUUCCGCACACUGAAUCACCAGUACGAUUACACAUUCGACUGGACGAUGCUCAAGCAGAAAGCAGCACAGGCAGCAGCCAACGCCAGUAGUCAGGCCGUGGGAACACCGGGUAAGAAUUUUAGAGUAUUAGAUGUCUUACUAGAUCAUUACGUUGAGGUUAUGAAUUAUACAUAUAGUAACAAAAUGAAAAAAGUUUAG